CUCUUUUUUCUCUUUCAAACUAAGAAUAUGUAUUAUUAAGUUUAAAAUGUUAAGAGGUACAAAAAACCAUUCGCCAUACAAAAUGCCUUAAGAGAAGAACAACACCAUGGCCCAAGUACUCUUCUUCUUCUUCUUCUUCUUGUUCAUGUCCCUAACUUUCGCUUUGUUUCUGUUUAGAGAGAUGUCUUGUGAUAGAAUGUAGGAUAAUUCUGUGAAUAUUGGCAUGAUGUUGAAUUAUAUGAAUCAGAAAGGUAUGGAUUGCCGAUCAGGCCAAGACUCGAUCUUCUGGAAGUAAUCGACAGGCAAGACACCAACAAUGCCUUGAGUCAAAAUCACUUUGUUGUCUGAAAUGUAGAACGCAAUCCCAUCUUCAAGAGCUUUCUUGAUGUGGAGGAAGAUGAUAACAUUUACAUUUCUUCUCACGCCACUAAUCACUUCACCAUCUGUAGGUAAUCCACAAGAGAAGUGAACAUGCAUUCUAUUCAUACGCUUUAAGCCCGAUGCUAAGAUGGAUUCUAAAUUCUUCCUAUAAGUUCCAUGUACACACACUGGAGCUUCUUCUGGUGACAAUAUUGGUUUAAGUAACUUCUCUGACUCAACCGUCGUGAUUGAGUGGCCUUGAUUAGCGCGAAUCAAGAGCUCUCCAUCCUCAUCGAUGAGGCUAAACCGUUUUUUAUUGUCCCUUGUCACAGCCUCUCUAAUUUCAUCAAUCGUGUGUGAAUUUAACUGAAUAUUUGCACAAGUUUUCAAAUUCAGGUUGAGUAAAUCUUCAACUUUAACAAAACCAUCACCUCUCAUGUUCAAUCUCAGCUCAGUAGCCAUAUGUCGCAAUAUUCUCGUCAAGAUUCGUCCAAGGGCAUCGAUUCUAUCCACAAAGAUCAUUGCAUAUUAAGGAAAAGCAGCAGCUAGAUUCACCCGUUUCACUGCACGUAUCGUCCUCAAGUGCUCCUGAAUUUGCCAGAAGAGAGCUUUCCCAGAGGAAGGCGUGUAGUUUUUUUCAUCAUUCAAAACCUGAGAGAGAAGUUUGUUGAUUGUUAGAUUCUAGAAACCGCGUUGCUAGGGUUUCGAAUCACCCAAAUUGAAAUGAAAAAAAAAAAAUUGUGUUCUUGCUUGUCUGUUUAUUUUGGUUUAUUUACAAUUCAUUCCGGUUCAAUGUUAGGCUUUCAUUAACCGAUUUAAUUAUUCUUCCGGUUUAAUCAAAAACAAUUAUUCUUCUUCUUUCACAAUCUCUCCUGUGUUAUUUACGCCGACUCAAAGAACCCAAAGCUCUUGGAGGAGGUGAUCUUCUCUUCUCAGAUCAUCUUCUACUCUUGAGUAUACCCUUCCUUUGAAGAUAAUUCCUAGUUUGGGACUUAUCCUUACUUCUCCGGGAUUUCACUUUAAUCCACCGAAGAGUUUUGACAUCUGAAUUGUAUUGUUUUGGGUGUGAUCCCGAUAGAAUUCGAGGGUAGGAAUCGGAAAGUAGGGUGAUUUGGUUUAGAAGAAGAAAGAAAUGGAGGGUUUUGUCGAUCACUACAUUGUUCUAGGUUUAGCUUCUGGAGAGGAAGCUCUGAAGCUUACCGAGAAGGAGAUUGCAAAAGCAUACAAGUUGAAAGCUUUGGACUUGCAUCCUGAUAAACGCCCUGAUGAUCCUGAUGCCCAUGAGAAAUUUCAGAGGCUUAAGACAUCUUACGAGGUUCUCAAAGACGAGAAAGCCCGGAAGCUGUUUGAUGAUCUUCUUAGAAUCCAGCGUGAGAAACAACAUAAGAAAUCGCAAGUAGAUUCCAAGAGGCGUAAGAUGAUGUCAGAUCUGGAGGAAAGGGAGCGUUCUGCUUUUUCUCCUAAUCCUUCCGCUAGAGCUUAUGAUGAAGAAGAGAGAAUCGCUAGGAAGCUUAAGGAGGAGAUAGAUAGGAUACGUGCAAGACAUGCGAAGAAGAAAAGUGGUUUCCAAACUCCAGAGAGUAAUGUAGAUGAAAAGAGAAAAGAAGAAAGAAGUGGUGCUGGAGCUAGUGUUCAACUCGAUAAAGAGAGAAUGUUGAAGGUUUCUUGGGAAAAAAGUGGUGAAGGGUAUACAGCUGGAAGGCUAAGAGAAGUGUUUUCUGAGUUUGGUGAGGUUGAAGAUGUUGUUAUUAGGAGUACCAAGAAGAAAUGUUCUGCUCUUAUUGUAAUGGCUACAAAGGAUGGAGCUGUUGCAGCGACGAGGACAUUGUGUGGCAAUCUUUCUAAUCCAUUGUUGGUUGUACCUCUUCAGAAAGCAGCCCAAACUGAUUUUCUGACGGCUAAGAAAUCUGCAGAAGCAGAACCGCAGAGUAACAUAGUAGGUGCCGGUCUUCAAGCUUAUGAAGAUGCCGUCAUGCAAAGACUGCUACAGGCGGCUAUGGACCAGAAAAAGCGAGGGGUUUAAGCCACAUGAUCAAGAACAAAGCUCCUUCAAGACCAAAGUGAUAAAGAAUAAAGCUCUGCUUCAUGAUUAAGAAUUAAGCUCCUUAUACAUUGUUUGUGUACAUCCAAUCUCAUAUCAGUUGUUGUUGUAGAAUUUAAAAUUCUAACUCUUCUCGAAAAAAAAAAUGCUUCGUAUCAUCUUCAGGAGAGCUUUCAAUUUGUACCGGAAGUCUUUUUCAAACAAGUUUUUGUUUUGAAGAAAAUUUUGGAUUUGUAUAAUAUUCCUUUAUCUAGUUUCAUUUGGAAUUCUGUUGUAGAUUUCAUGUGUUUGUCCAUGAUUUCACCAAAUAUCUCAUUUAUUUG